AUGGCGGACUCUGUCGGUAUGUUCCCCGAUAAUGAGAAGAACAAUAAUAAUAAUGAGGGUCCGCUUGGGCCCAGCCCAAUCAUUCGUCCCAUUCACCUUUCUACUUUGCUCCCGAGCUUCCAAUCGAUCGUCCCGUCGCUAAUGGAGUCCCCACCCGAUGUAGACCGCGUGUUUGUGCACGCGCUGAACACGGUCAAAAAGAUCCCUAAGACUGGCGCGUCGCGACCACCGCCCAGCGAUCGUCUAAGACUCUAUGGCUUGUAUAAGCAGGCUAUGGAGGGCGACGUCGACGGCGUCAUGGAACGGCCUGAGCGCCGACCCGGCAUCAACACGGAUGAGCUACAGCGUGAGCGCGACAAGUGGGAUGCCUGGAAUGCGCAACAUGGACUCAGUCGUACUGAGGCCAAAAAGCGGUAUAUUGAGGCCUUGAUCGACACUAUGCAUCACUACGCCACAUCACCGGAAGGGAAGGGACUUGUAUCGGAGCUCGAGUUUGUUUGGGAUCAGAUUAAGAAUAACAGCUCGUCUCCAAGCACAUCACCAAAAGAUGCCACGUUUCCCGAGUCUCGACUUAUUCAGCACCCCGUCAGUGGUACCGAACGGCCUAUGAAGGUCCUCAGUCCUAUGAGCGAGGACGACGCGGCGGAGCAAUAUCGUGAGAAUUUGGGCGACGAUGAUGAUGGCGAAUACGUAAAGAAGGGCGAUAAGUGGUCACGUAAAGUAGAAAGGGCGCUAGUCAGGUUAUCCGCUGAGGUCGCGGCUUUACGGGAACAGAUCACGGCCGGGCGCGAGUGGAGGUCCAGAAGGGAAAGGAGUUUACCAGCAUGGGCUAGUUGGCUACUGUGGAUCGUCGCGAAACACCUGGCGGUAGACGUAGUGAUUCUAGGCAUCGUGCUACUCUGGAUGCGGAAGCGAAAAGAUAGGCGCCUUGAGGACCUCGUCCGGGCGAUCUUGAGGAUAGGCCGUGAAUACGCGAGAAGAAUACUACCGUCAAGGUGAGGGAAUGACGAUGAAGAUGAUGAAGUCAUGGUGUCAUUCGUUAUGAAUUCUAGGUCAGGCGAGGCCUGCCUCUAACUACUAUCUUAAGCUAUUACUCCUGUCCCACCAACAUCACCAUGACAUCCUUCCUCCCACGACCACCGUCAUAGGUCUCACGAACGGCCAG